GAUGUGGACGUCCACUCUUCUGUUGCUGCUUUUGACAGUAACUCCACAAACUUGGGCAAAGACUAAAAACCGCUUUACUCGCUUCCCAUCAUGGAACAAUAAAUUGUACCCAACCUGGAAAGAUGGUGACCCACGAUAUCAAGACUCCUGGAAAGGUGGAAAGGUGACCUUUAAUGUUGGAAAUGAUUCACCAACACUGACUGGAGCCAAAGUCACGUUCACUAUCGACCUUCAGUUCCCCCACAGCCAAAAGGUGCUGCCUGGUGGAGACGUGGUUUGGGCUGAAGACUGUGUAGUCAAUGGAACAAAGUAUUUAAAGUCAGAUCCAGUUUACCCAACCAAGGACACAGACUGGGAGGCUGUUUUUCCUGACGGGACACCAAUAAAGAAUGACAAGAAGCCAGCCUAUGUGUUUGUGUGGAAGACCUGUGGUCAGUACUGGCAGGUAGCAGAUGGGCCCUCAUCCUCUCUUACUAUUAACACUGAUGAGCUCCCACUGGGUUCCUACAACAUGGACAUUGUUAUCUAUCACUACCGGAGCAAAGAAAAGUUUAUUCCUUUGGGAUAUGCCUCUACUCAGUUUUCCAUCACUGAUCAAAUCCCCUUCACUGUCUCCUUGGAUCAAAUUGACGACAUUGUGGCUGGUGACCUGCGCUUCAUGCAGAACAAGGCUAUAGCCUUCACAGUCACCCUCCACGACCCCAGUGCAUACCUCGGCAACGCUGACAUCACCUUCAACUGGGACUUUGGGGAUGGGAGCGGAGCCCUCAUAUCCAGAGAGCUGACUGUCACUCACACAUAUGUAAGCUCUGGCUCAUUCAAACCUCAGGUGGUCAUCCAGGCAGCAAUCCCUGAUAAGGCCUGCGACCCACCAUCUGACAUCACAACCUCUACCCCUGGACCAGCUAAUGACCAGGGCACCACAGUUCCCAUACUGGUUUCCACUAAGCCAGUUGGUUUGAACAUCAACAUGGGUCCCUCAGACACUGAGGAGGACACCACUGAGGGCGAAGCUUCCACAGCCUCCAUCAUUCAGCAUGUCCAGAAAGCAGCAACAGUGGCAAAGACUCCUUCCCCUAUAAACAAGCUGCCGGUUGCCAGCAAGGCAGGAAACAGAAUGGUAUCCAAUGCAAAGAGAACAGCGAGGCUCUCAGGGCGAGCUUCAGCCAUUGUUGUUGCUAAGAGGGAUGCAGAAGACCAACCAUCCGAUGACGACUGUGUGAUAUAUAGAUAUGGUUCCUUCUGUACUGGCAUUGAAGUUUUUGAGGGAAUUGAAAAAGUAGACAUUGUGCAAAUGGAAAAUGUCCUCAUGACAACACCUAAAAAAGGCACAAAUGUUUUAGACAUUACUGUUACCUGCCAAGGAAGUUUUCCCAAAGAGGUUUGUAGUGUGAUUCUGGAUUCAAAAUGCCUGAAACCUAUUCACAUGGAAUGCAACAUGGUCGAGCCUUCAGAGGAGUGCCAGUUGGUGUUGCGUCACUUCUUUAAUUCCUCCGGGGUCUACUGCAUCAACGUUUCCAUGGCAAAUGAUGUCAGCUUGGCUGCCACCACUGCCAAAUUCACUGUAGAUAUGGGCUCAGAUCUUUCUUCCUCCGGCACCAUCGCUUUGCUGUUGGGGUUCCUGGUACUGAUUCUUGCAGUUGGAAUCAUUGGAUACUCCUACAAGCGUCUUAAACCCUACCGUCCUCUAAAGGAAGACAAGGCCGGAUCCGAAAGCCCUCAGCUCAGUGAGGUCCGCAGCCACUCUGCAGCUUCAAUGCUCUGGAACUCCCUGAACAGACCUGGAGCCAUUGACAACAGCCCCCUGCUGCAGGACAGGGCGCUGUAAAUCUCCACCAUCAGACAAUACAGAACAUAAUCAGCCCAUGGAUUCUUUUAAAAAAUUUCUUCCUAAAAAGCCUUACAAAUAUGUAAU